AUGGUGGCGGCCGCAGUUCGUACCUCCUUCGACGUCUCUCCCGAGGCCGUCCACGGGGAGGUCAAGGCCAGGCUGGCCAUGGUGGAGCAAGCCCUCCCUGAGCUGGUCAAGGCAGGCCCUUGCGGAGGCCCAGCCCUCAAUGGUGAGAUAGAGGCCGUGCGCAGCACGGGCCUGCACGCGGGCAUGGGCCGCGGCGCGGAGGGCCUCCCGCAGAAUGGCAAGGAGGCCCGGCUGACGGCGGAGAGCUGCGAGUGCGAGGAGGGGCACUCCAGCGAGUCGAGCAACACCUCCGUGGCCAACCCACAGGGCAUCCUGCAGCUGGGCGCCGAGGGCGCGGAGCAGAAGCAGGUCGAAGGCAAGGUCGAGGUCAUCGGCGUCUCCGCGGCCCAGUAUGGCAAGGCCACGCAGUGGAGCAAGGACAUGGCCGAGGAGAUCGCCUCGCUGCAGCUGGCGGUGGUUCCCGACUGCAUGGUCGACGACAGGGCCGAGGAGAUUGCCUCGGUAGCGCAGCAGCUGGUGGCGGCUCGCGCCCAGUUCAACCAGUUGUGUUCCAGGAACCUCCUGGAGCGGCUGCAGAAGUGGUCUGCGGUUCAGUUCUCGGCUGGACCAGGCGGUGGGGGCCCGCUAUCCCCCAGCAUCGGCGGCUUCGGCAUCUCGUCGGUGCGCGAGUUCGUGUAG